AUGCUGGAAAUGCUUGAGUACAGUCAUUACCAGGUUCAAAGCCAUCUUGAGAGCCCGACCAAGUACCACCUCCAGCAGUCUCAGCGGCAGCAGGUGAAGCAGUACCUCAGCUCCACUCUGGGUGCCAAGCUCGGAGGGCCGAACGGCAGCGGCCCAGCUUGCGCCAGCCAGACCCCGGAGCACGGGAUGCCCCCGGGCCCAGGCACCAGCGCUCCCAACAGCCCCAUGGCCCUCCUCACCUUAAACUCCAACUGCGAGAAGGAGAUGGACGAUGUAAUUGAAGACAUUAUUAGCCUGGAGUCAAGCUAUAAUGAUGACAUCCUUGGCCUUAUGGAUGCCGGUCUUCAGAUGACCAAUACGAUUCCGGUGUCUGCUAACCUCAUGGACAUGUAUAACAACCAUGCCAUUCCUCCACCCGGAGUGGCCAUCAGUGGCACCUGCCCUGCCAGUCUACCUAACGUCAAAAGGGAAUUCUCUGUGACGCCUGCUCCAGGAAUGAUGCACAUCCUGGACAAACCUGGAUCCUGUGGCAAGUUUGAAAGCUUUCAGAGGCAGGAGGGGUUUCCAGUAGAAGCUGAAGUCAGGGCUCUUGCCAAGGAGAGACAAAAGAAGGAUAACCACAAUUUAAUUGAACGAAGGAGAAGGUUCAACAUCAAUGAUCGCAUCAAAGAACUGGGAACUUUAAUCCCCAAGUCAAAUGAUCCUGACAUGAGAUGGAACAAAGGCACCAUUUUGAAGGCUUCCGUGGACUACAUCCGGAAGCUUCAGCGUGAGCAGCAGCGAGCAAAGGAGCUGGAGGCCAGACAGAAGAGGCUGGAGCACGCCAACCGACACCUCAUGCUGCGCAUCCAGGAGCUGGAGAUGCAGGCUCGGGCCCACGGUCUGCCCGUGGUGGCCUCCUCCACCCUCUGCUCCUCCGAGCUGGUGGCGCGCGCCAUCAAGCAGGAGCCCGGCCUGGACGACUGCGCCGCGGCCAACCUCUACGCCACCCAGCCGCACUCCUCUCCCGACCUGUCCCGGCCCACCACCCUGGACCUGAACAACGGCACCAUCAGCUACAGCGACAGCCACUGCGACGUGGACGACGACUCGGAGGCCUACGGCAGUCCGCCCAGGGUCUCGGGCAAGCUGGAGGACAUUUUCAUGGACAACGGCCUGUCGUCGGUGACCUCCAGUGACCCCCUGCUGUCCUCCAUCUCCCCCGGGGCGUCCAACAGCAGCAGCAGUCGCCGUAGCAGCACCAGCAUGGAGGAGAAUGAGAACGGGCACGGGUGUUAG